UUUCGGACAUAAAAAAUGUGAGUCUCUGGCAGUGUCCAAAAGCUAAAAAUAAAUACUCAGCACAAUCACUAGAAGGAAAAGAAAUGGAGUGCAAAGAUUGUAGCAGCAAAUUUCCAUCUGAUUUUGAUUUAGAGUACCAAACAGGAUUUGGGAAUCAUUUCUCAUCUGAAGCUAUAGUUGGAGCUCUACCUCAAGGUCAAAAUAGCCCUCUUAUUUGCCCCUUUGGACUAUAUGCUGAACAGGUCUCUGGCACCUCUUUUACUUCCCCUCGCAAACUUAACCAACGCAGUUGGUUAUAUCGUAUUAAGCCAUCGGUUACACACGAACCAUUUAGACCAAGAAUACCAAGACAUGAAAAGCUUGUGAGUGAAUUCAACCAGUCAAACAGUUCUGCUACACCAACUCAACUACGGUGGAAGCCUGUCGAGAUCCCAGAAACACCGACUGAUUUCAUCGAUGGUUUGUAUACUAUAUGCGGGGCUGGCAGCUCAUAUCUCCGACAUGGUUUUGCAAUUCACAUGUAUACUGCCAACAAAUCAAUGGAGAACUCUGCCUUCUGCAAUGCUGAUGGUGACUUUUUGAUUGUUCCUCAAAAAGGAAGGCUGUGGAUUACUACUGAAUGCGGAAGAUUGCAAGUUUGUCCUGGUGAAAUAGUGAUUUUACCUCAAGGAUAUCGGUUUUCUGUUGACCUUCCAGAUGGACCUUCACGUGGUUACAUCGCUGAAACUUUUGGAACUCAUCUUCAACUUCCUGAUCUGGGGCCAAUAGGUGCAAAUGGUCUGGCUGCUCCGAGGGAUUUUCUUGUUCCUGUUUCCUGGUACGAAGAUGGCUCCCGUCCAGGUUACACUAUUGUGCAGAAGUACGGCGGUGAACUCUUCACUGCGAAGCAGGACUUCUCUCCUUUUAAUGUGGUCGCUUGGCAUGGCAAUUAUGUUCCUUAUAAGUAUGAUUUAAGCAAGUUCUGCCCUUACAAUACUGUAUUGAUGGACCACAGUGAUCCUUCAAUAAACACAGUUUUGACAGCACCCACAGAUAAACCUGGUGUGGCGCUACUUGACUUUGUCAUUUUUCCUCCCCGGUGGUUGGUUGCUGAUCACACCUUCCGUCCUCCAUAUUAUCAUCGCAAUUGUAUGAGCGAAUUUAUGGGUCUAAUCUAUGGGGGAUAUGAGGCAAAAGCUGAUGGUUUUCACCCUGGCGGGGCAAGCCUUCAUAGCUGCAUGACUCCUCAUGGUCCUGAUACCAAAACAUAUGAGGCAACCAUUGCACUUGGAAAUGAAGCUGGUCCACAUAGAAUAGCUGAUACCAUGGCUUUUAUGUUCGAGUCUUGCCUAAUACCCCGAGUCUGUCCAUGGGCACUCGAGUCUCCAUUUAUGGAUCACGAUUAUUACCAAUGCUGGAUCGGCUUGAAGUCUCACUUCUCAGGACUAUCUAUGAACGAAGACAACAGCGAUUUGCAGAAAGGAUAACCUAUAGAGAGGUGAAAUGAUCAUUGUUCAGCUAGCUUCUGUAGUUCCUCCUAAAGUGACGUAUAGCUUGUACAUAAGGAGUCUCAGGCAUGUAAAACGUUAAAUAAACCCUAUGUUGUAUCGGAUCGAAAUAUUAUACAGUGCUAAGAUGAAACCAAUGUUCUAUGAAAUUGCAACGUAAGUAGAAAUGUGUUACCAUGAUGAUGAUGUAGAUUAUGGUGUGUUUGUAUAUAUAAAGAUGGAAGUAUCAUGGAAUACUUGUAGCAAUUACAAGAGCACUGAAUUAUGAUUUAUGUGGCAAUAGCUUACUCUAACUACUAUUUUGUCAA